CCCCCGAGAGAUACCGGCCGCCCGUGCCAGCUGCGUGGCGAUGAGCGGGGAUAUGGGGGUCCAGUAGGGGCGAAGCAUUUUCUGUUUUGCGGUGGCAUCCUUGGCGGGCGGCGGGUCGGCCUGAGAACCGGCGGGAUCUGUUCUCAGCAAGGCCAGUACUCAGGCUCCUGCGGCCACAUCUAACCUCCCGAAGCAACCUCUUUGUACCCUAUGCGCAGAUAGAACCCAGGAAUGUUGCUGAAGCACGCUGCGAGGUUGCCCGCGUCUUGAGUGCUUGUGGGCGCCCUUGCGGUCGAUCUAGAAGGUGUAGGUGGGGGAUGGGACAGUAAUGCCUUCCGCUGCACCCAGCGAAACUCUCCCGUUUUCGCUGGCUUCUGAUUGUGUCACUGGAGAAAGGGUCGUUUCAGCUUCAAAAACAUUCGUUUCUGCUGACAAAGAAAUACAGGAGGUAUCCCUGUACCGCCUGAGCCCGGACAGGCAGCAAGGAACCAACUAUUACUUUGAAUACCCGUGACAUCCUUGAAAAAACUUUGUUUUGUUUCUUCUGGAUCGCCUCAAAGAAAACCAGAUCCUCAAGGUCAUUCUCAGCCUUGCUAAAAGUGCCCUUGGGGAGAAGAUCCACUCACUGGUUUUGUACCCAGCCUGACAAGGCCUCUGUUGUCAAAGGUGGCACCAGGAGGAUGUCACACAUAGGAGUAAAACUGUUCCUAGAGCAAAUGAUGAUGAGACAUCUGAAGGUGAAUGCAUGCUUGUACCCACACAUGGAGGCUUUGUGGGAGACUAAGGGGUCUGUGAAAGAGAGCUCCAGUCAGAGUAAGGAAUCCAGCCCACAACUGGACAGUCUUGGUCCUGAGAGCGCUCGCCAGCACUUCCGGAGCUUCUAUUAUCAUGAAGCACCUGGACCGCUCGAGGCUGUCAGCCAACUUCAGGAAUUAUGCCAUCAGUGGCUCAGGCCAGAGAUCCACUCAAAAGAGCAGAUUUUGGAACUGCUGGUGCUAGAGCAGUUCCUGACCAUUCUGCCCAGGGAGACCCAGAACUGGGUGCAGAAGUAUCAUCCACAGAGCAUCAAAGAGGCUGUGGCCCUGGUAGAACGCUUUCAGAGAGAACCUGGUGGAAUGAGAAAUGAGGUCACAGCUCAGGAGCUGGGAAAGGAGGCAGUGCUCUUGGGAGAAACAGCACUGGCCCCAGGCUUUAAGUGGAAGCCAGCAGAGCCCCAACCAAUGGGUGUGUUCCAGAAAGACUGUUGGAAUACAUACCAGGUACUGCAAGAACAGCUGGGCUGGAAUACUCGCAAAGAAAGCCAGCCUGUGUAUGAAAGAGCUGUGCCUGCUCAACAGAUUGUAGCCUUGUCUGAGCAGAAAAGCACCCCAAGCUGGAAGAUGGCAUCUGAGCUCAUCUUGCCUGAGUCCCAGAGUUUGUUGACAUUUGAAGAUGUGGCCUUGUCUUUUACCGAGGAAGAAUGGCAAUUACUGGACCCUACUCAGAAGAUCCUCUACAAUGAUGUAAUGCAGGAAAACUACGAGACUGUCAUCUCUCUAGGGUUAAAGCUGAAAAAUGACACUGGAAAUGACCAACCUAUAUCUCUUUCUACAUUAGAAAUACAAGGAUCAGGAUGCAAAGUAUUAAGAAAGGCCAGAGUGAAAGUUGCCCAGAAAACACCGGGCAAAGAAAAUCAUGGUGGUACACGCAGGGUUCGGAAGCGGCAUCGGGCUUUUCCAGGGAAGAAGAGAAGGAAACUUUCAACUUGUAAACAAGAGCUUCCAAAGCGUAUGGAUCUUCAUGGGAAAGGCCAUGCAGGAGAGAAACCUUUUAAAUGUCAGGAAUGUGGAAAAAGCUUCAGGGUUAGCUCUGACCUGAUUAAGCACCAGAGAAUUCAUACUGAAGAGAAACCUUAUAAAUGUCAAGAAUGCGAUAAGAGGUUUAGAUGGAGUUCAGAUCUUAAUAAGCACUUACUGGCACACCAAGGAAUUAAACCAUAUAGAUGCUCAUGGUGUGGGAAAAGCUUCAGUCAUAACACAAAUCUACACACACACCUCAGAAUUCACACAGGAGAGAAGCCCUUUAAAUGCUAUGAAUGUGGAAAAAGAUUCAUUCAGAACUCCCACCUUAUUAAACACCAGAGAACCCACACAGGUGAGCAGCCUUAUACUUGUAGCAUAUGCAGGAGAAACUUCAGCAGGCGCUCAAGCCUUCUUAGACACCAGAAACUCCACAGGAGAAGGGAAUCAUGUCCAGUGUCUCCAGUCUGAAGAAAGUCACCAUCUCGAGCUUGCCCCUUGAGGUGACAAAAGAGUACAGAGUGCUGGGGCCCCCGAUCCUAGGGCUCUGUCAUCAGCCACAUUUGGGAGGGGCACAUGUCACACUUCACCGAAAGGAAUCUAAACUCUCUCUUUUAUUCAGCAUUGUAUCUUCAGUGCCCAGCACUAGACUGAUACAUAAUGAGUGCUUUAUAAAUAAAAGAAUAAAAUAGCUCUCAUGUA